AUGAGGACAAAGCAAUUAAUUACAUUCUCAGUCUUUGCUACAAUAGUACUAUCUUAAGAUUUCUUGAAAGUAGAGGAAAAGCAAAUACUAUGGACCAAAGGAGAAACCAAGUACUCAAAGCAUUCAAUCGAGCAACUCAAAGGGAUGAUGAAAUUAAAGCACUUGCCCUAAGAAAAUUUUUAUCAUCACAACAACAGGUUUAGAUUAGGAGCUUCCCCACUUCAUCCAGAUCUUCCUAAAACGUUCUCAUGGAGAUCUGAAAGACCUGAAUGCAUGGUUCCCUCCCUAGAUCAAGGUGAGUGUGGAAGUUGCUACGCCUAUGCUACUUCAGCUAUGUUGGCAGAGAGAUUAUGUAUUAAUACAAAACAAGAGAAAGCUGUUCCACUUGCACCAGCCUAUAUUAUGACAUGUGAUCCUUUUGCUGAUGGAUGUAGAGGGGGAGUUAUUUCUCAAGUACUUGAGUACCUAAAUGAUGAAUCAAUAAUCACUAAUGAAUGCAUCGGUUAUAAAAAUGAAACUCUAGACUAAUGCCCCUCAAAAUGUGUCAGCUUAGAUCUAAAGCCUAGUUAUAGAGUCAAAUGCUAGAAAGACUCUAAUCACCAAUACCUUACUAUUGAUGAGAUUAAAUCUGAGAUUCUUACACAUGGUCCAGUUGCAUCUUCAAUGGUAAUAUUCGAAGACCUUAUCACUUAUCACUCUGGAAUAUAUACCUGGGAUAGUGGAGAUUUAAUUGGAGCACAUGCUAUACUACUUGUUGGCUGGGGAGAAAAUGAAGAUGGUGUGAAGUACUGGGAGGUUUAAAAUUCUUGGGGCACUACCUGGGGUGAAAAUGGAGGAUUUUUUAGAAUUGUAGAAGGAAAUUCCGAAAUUGCUAGUGAAGCUUUUGGCGGUGGAUAUAGUUGUCUACCAGAAAUUGUUCAGGAAACUAAUAUUUUAUACUGA